AUGUCUGUUUCCACGGCAAAGUCGGACAUUACGUCCAUACUGAAACCCGCUACCCGAGCAGCUUGGAAGAGUGCCAGGACAGCGGCCCUAAAGACCGUGCGCUUCUCCAUGCCAAGAGAAAUAGGCCUGAUCGCAUCGGUUAAUGCGGCCCUAAAUAGCAACGAUUUCAAAGCAGUUCAAGCAUUUGCAUUUUUUCUUCGUGAAUCACCGUUAAGCGAUGACGAAGCUGUGAGAAUUUUGAAAGAUGCACGAAAAAUUGUCCAUGAUCUCUCAUCAGAGUUCGCCGACGUUGUAGAGGCUCUGCUGUCGUUGUCCUGGAAGCAGCGGUCCAAAAAAGCAGUGCGGGCGUAUACUGAAUUUAGCAUAGAUGUGUUGCUUGCGCACAGUUCUCAUAUACACGUGGGUGUGCCAAACCUGAUCGGCAACUGGAUUCCGAGCAGUCUGGAUGGUUGUGAUUGGAUCCAGGGUUCCCCGUCGGAAGGUGUACGCAAGGAGCUGGAAAUUGUGCACGCUCUACUCAAUCGCAUACUGACUGCAGUGCCUAUAGCAAUGGACGUAGUCUAUGAUGCAACAGCUGCAAACUUUCCAUACUUUAAGAGACCUACACAUGUUACGGCUGGUUUUCUGCACAAUCUGCUCUGGCUCAUAGAAUAUAAGCCCAUUUUUGCGGAGUUGCUCUUGCACCUGGCACUGCAGAAGCUGUUAAUAUUAGACGUGCAUGCGCCACCGGCCGAAAUUGAUCUCGAUGAGGAAGCUGAUCCUCACAUAGCAACAGCAAGGUCAAAACGGUCUCGAUGGGUGAAGCACCCCAUCGGCCGAACAUUGGACAUAUGUCUAAUGAAACUGUACAAGUUCUUGGAAAGUAAAUGCCGCCCCGCACCCGACUCCACAGACGAAGAUCGCUGUUCUCAAAAUCGUUUUUUCAAGAUCCUGUUGAACAUUUUCGAGAAUGUGCUGCUUCCCAGCCACGACACUCAUCACGUCCAAUUCGUAAUUUUUUACGUCUGCAGCUUUAAGAAACUGUUUGCGCAAUCGUUCCUCUGCAUGCUGUUGCAGAAGAUGCAGAACCCUAAAACGUCAGCUGUUAUACGACAUGCGGCCAUCUGCUACAUGGCCAGUUUCCUGGCGCGUGCCAAAUUCUUGCCAUUAAACACCAUUACUUCAUAUCUAAAGAAACUUUGCAGAUGGGCACAUACCUAUAUAGACGACAGUGAUGAAGAGUGUACCUCCAAUACCAAUAUAGUCUUCUUUUCGGUUUGCCACGCGGUUUUUUAUCUGAUAGCGUUUCGAGCUCAAGAUCUUACUGCUAGUUCUAAAAACUUGCGCUUUCUGCAGUCCUUGCAGCUCUCCCGGCUAGUACUGUGCCGUUUUAAUCCGCUACGCUACUGUCUACCACCAGUUGCCACCGCUUUUGCUGCUGUGACGCGUGCUCACCAAUUGGCGCACUGCUACACUGUUUUGGAGCAGAAUACAAGCCACAAGUUGGCCAUCGUUUAUCGCCAUGACGAGGCUCUGCCAGAGAAAACCCUCGAUACAUUCUUUCCAUUUGAUCCAUACUCACUGAAAUUAUCGAACAAAUUCAUCAAGCCAAACUACUUGGUGUACAAGGUGUACGAGCUGAAGGACCCGAUCGAAUCGGCAGUAUCCCAGUCCUCAAAAAAGAGUUCGACAGGGACCUCUCUAGGUUUUAAUACCUAA